AUCAUUCUCUUUCUCUCAUCAACAUAUAAGUUUCUAUUCCUCUCUCCUCGUUGACAUAUUUUGAAGGGCUGCGAAGAGAGAGAAGAGAGGGAAAAAAUGGGAGAGAUGAAGAGUAUGCAAAUGGGUGUGAUUGGAGCAUUGUUUCUAUCGGUUGCAUCUUCUGUCUCCAUUGUCAUUUGCAACAAAGCUUUGAUGACCAAUCUUGGAUUCCCUUUUGCAACAACACUAACAAGUUGGCAUUUGAUGGUAACAUAUUGCACACUUCAUGUGGCAUAUAGACUGAACUUCUUUGAGAAUAAACCAAUAGACACGAAAACUGUUGUUCUCUUCGGCCUCCUCAAUGGCAUCUCCAUUGGUCUUCUCAAUCUCAGCCUUGGCUUCAAUUCCAUCGGCUUCUAUCAAAUGACCAAACUUGCUAUCAUACCAUUUACUGUUCUAUUAGAAACUCUCUUCCUCAACAAGAAGUUUAGCCAAAAGAUAAAAUUCUCUUUAUUUUUGUUGCUGGUUGGUGUUGGAAUAGCAUCAAUAACAGAUCUUCAGCUCAACUUUGUUGGUUCUGUUCUGUCUCUCCUUGCCAUCGCAACAACUUGCGUCGGCCAAAUUCUAACAAACACAAUCCAGAAGAAACUGAACGUGACUUCAACACAACUCCUUUACCAAUCAGCCCCGUUUCAAGCCGCUAUACUCUUCGUCUCUGGCCCCUUUGUCGACAAAUACCUCACUAGCCUCAAUGUCUUCUCCUUCCAGUACUCUCCUAUCGUCGUGGGGUUCAUAACGUUGUCUUGUUUGAUAGCGGUUUCGGUUAACUUCAGCACGUUUUUAGUUAUUGGAAAGACUUCUCCGGUGACGUACCAAGUCUUGGGGCAUCUGAAAACGUGUUUGGUGCUCGCGUUUGGUUACACUCUCCUCCAUGAUCCUUUUACUCCUCGUAACAUCGCAGGAAUCCUCAUCGCUGUCCUUGGCAUGCUUCUCUACUCCUACUUCUGCUCUGUUGCUUCUAAAUCCAAACAAGGCUCCUCCGAAUCCGCUUUUAUUGGGAAAGACAGGGAUACGACGCCGCUUUUGAGCCAAGAAAAAGAGAAUCAUGAAGCCAAGAAACUAGACAAGCAUUCUGCAGUGUGAUUGAUUACAAAA